CGCUGCUCAGGCUGGUGAAUGUGGGCUGGUUCCACCGCUCCCACCCGCUCGCUCCCUAGGUGUGUUUGUUUACUGGUUCCUCCCAGUCUCAGAUGCUCCUGCUCUCCAACCUGGGGCACUCAGGUGCAGUCACAGUCUCCCGGACUCCUGGGCCCUGGACCCAGCCAUGGGCACCUCCAGUGCCGUCCUCUGCAUCCUGUUCUUCUGUGGGGCGCUGGGUAAGGGUCUCAACACUCUCCCUGCCCCGCGGCGGCUCCACUUGUUACACCUGCAGCUUCGCCAAACCCUGCUACCCUGUUCCCACCGAGUGUGGGGAUGAUGAAGCUUGUGGCGUCAGCAUCGGCACCUCAGAGCAGAAUGAGGUCAUCCAGCGGAAAGGCUGCCUCCCCAGGGCCCAGUGCCCUCUGCCUGGCCAUGCCACCUACUGGUCACGCUCCUACGCGCUGCGGCACCACUGCUGCGACCAGGACCUGUGCAACGGGGCCCCCAGGCCCCUGGUCCCCACCCUGCUCCUCACCGCCAGCUUCACCUGCGGAGGCCACCUCCUCCUCUAGCCUCCUCAGAGCUGCGGCCCUCAACCCAGACGCCCUCACCAUCUCCGCGGCCCUGGAGACACCUGCCUGACACUUGAGAUGUGGCCAAGUUCCUGGCUUGACAGACAGGCCUCAGCGCCCUGGCCCCACAGCUUUGCAGAGCUCUUCCAAGACCUGAUUCCUGUGGGCCCUCCUCCAGCCCCUACAACUUGCCCAGAGCCCGGCCUCAUAAAAAUGCUGUUCUGUGUCUUUUGUCUUUUUUAGAUACCGAGGCUGAUGCCCUCUCCAAGCCCCAGGUCUCUGGCAAGGCAGGUGCUUGAUGGAGCUGUGGGUCCCAGGCAAGGGGGUGGCAGGGGCCCCAGUAUGGAGAGGAGGGGUGUCUUGCCAGGGAAGGUCCAUUUGGUAGAUCAGGAACUUAGGAAGGAGGGCUUGGGGAACGAUGAAGGGCGAAUUUAAUAAAGUGCUAUCUGGGGUCUGGUAA